AUGCCUCUCCGCAGCCUGCACGCGGCGGCCGUGCUCCUGCUCGUGGUCUUAAAGGAAGAGCCUUCCAGCCCAGCCCCGCUCAAUGGAUCCAAGUGGACCUAUAUAGGUCCCGACGGGGAGAAGAGCUGGUCCAAGACCUACCCUUCCUGUGGGGGCCUGCUGCAGUCCCCGAUAGACCUGCACGAUGACAUCCUGCGGUACAACGCCAGCCUCGGGCCCCUGGCCUUCCAAGGCUACAACCAGUCUGCCAGUCCGCAAUUUGUCCUCACCAACAAUGGCCACUCAGUGAAGGUGAAACUGCCCAAGGACAUGCAGGUCCGGGGCCUCGGGGCCCGCUACAAUGCCUCGCAGCUGCACCUGCACUGGGGCGACAAGAACGACCCUCAUGGCUCCGAGCACACUGUCGGCGGGAAGCACUUUGCCGCCGAGCUGCAUAUUGUCUAUUACAACUCGGACCGGUACCCCAAUGACAGCGUCGCCAAGGACAAGCCAGAAGGCCUCGCGGUCGUAGCUGUUCUCAUAGAGGUGGGCUCCUCCAAUCCAGCAUAUGACAAGAUCUUCGAUCACCUUAAAGCUGUAAAGUACAAAGACCAAGAAGUGUUCAUUCCGGGUUUCAGCAUAGAACAGCUGCUGCCAGAGAGGCCUGAAGAGUACUACCGCUACAGGGGGUCCCUGACUACACCUCCCUGCUACCCCACUGUGCUCUGGACGGUGUUCCGGAACCCUGUGCAAAUUUCCCAGGAGCAGCUGAUGAAGUUGGAGACAGACCUGUACUGCACGCACAUGGAUGACCCGUCCCCCAGAGAGAUGGUCAACAACUUUCGGCAGGUCCAGAAGUUUGACGAGAGGCUGGUGUAUGUCUCCUUCCAACAAGUGCCAGACCUUCCCUGCACAGGACUGAGUCCGGGCAUUGUCCUCUCUGUGGCCCUGGCCUGUGGUCUUGGCAUCUGUAUUGUCCUGGUGGUAUCCAUUUGGCUUUUCAGAAGGAGAAAGAGUAGCAAAAAAGGUGCCAACAAAGGAGUCAUCUACAAACCAGCCAUCAAGCAGGAGAUUGAGGCCCAUGCCUGA